AGCGGCUCGCGGUGCCGCGGCUCCGGCUCGCAGCACCUUGCCGCGGCCCCUGUAGCGGGUCUCCUGCGCUGGGGGCUCUUAGCGUAAAGCAGUCGUGUGCCGGGCCUAGAGCCUCUUCGCUGAGGCGGCUUUUACUUGGCGGCAAAUGGUGCGAAUCGGAAUUAACCGUGCUGAUGGUUGGUUGCACGCAGAGGCGCUCCGUGGAGCCUUCAGCUUAAUGUUUUUUUUAAUUAUUAAAUAUCUUUGAAGUAUUAGACUAAAAGCAGUUUGGAUGCAGCGUAUGUGCACACAGAAACACUCGUAAGGAUACCAAAGCAGUCGGCUGGGUGAAUCGGGUUAAGGAUGUACGUGGCAGGAGCUAAUGAUGAGAAUAUGCUGGGUUCUUGUUCCCGAGCCACUUCUGAUGUUACUGUUCUUCAAAAGACCCAACGUGUUCCUCAGCCGAUGCCAGUGCACCUUGUCAGUCACUCUAGUAAUACAGCUGUGCUGUUUCUGAAAACACCUUGUUUUCUAGCUUUUAGGCCUUUAUGCAAGACAGAAACUGUCAAGGUUCCUCAUUAUAAAACAGUUGCUCUAAUUAAAGAGAUUUUUUUUGGAGAAUAUUGUGUAAUUUCAAUUAAGAAAUGUAUGCCUGACACAUUGCAAAGCUGUAGUACAGUUCAAAGGCUACACAAAAUACCAUUAGAUUCUCCCUGUCAAUCACUGUACCUGCCGUAAUGUAAGCUUUUUGGUGUCUGGUGCCAAGUGUAUCUGUGAAAGCUUUGUAGCUCGUUUACGGUGCCAACCGGCGAUGACAAAUCUUGGUUGGUGCCAGUGGAGCCGUUCACCUUUGUUGCAUAAUAAUACUCUUUGGAAGAAUAGUUUUGUUGCAGAUAAUAGUCAAAUUGUGCUUUUCUUUUUAAGGACAAGGCUUUUCUCCGUUAUUUAAUGGAGUUGAUGAUUGAUACUAAUCUAAAUUAAUGUAUGAACCUAAUUGGAGGACAAAACUACGUAAAUACAGGCUUAAAUAUCUUAAUCUCUAUGCAUCAGUGUGUUUACUUUUCUGAUCUGCUUUCUCAGAUAAGGAUUUUUUUUUUGAUGAAUAGUCCAAUGUGAAGGUGAUGUUUCUGUUUAAACAAACCGGAAGAAAUUUAGUUACGAACACAGCACAAUUGUAGAGGAAAGCCGAAAGCCCUGGAAUUAAAACUGAUUGUUGUUAAUACACUCACUAAUACAAUUUCCAUUAUCAUAGCGUGCUAUCCAUACUAUACACAUCCAUACUAUAUGCCUGUGAUAUUUAUAUUAAGAUUUGAGUUAAAAUGUGGAAUCAUUGUUUAAAUACAUUUGGAGGGGUAUGAUUCCAUAAAGAAGCAAUACAAGAGCUAUUUACUGAGUUUAUUCCAUGUGAGUCAUUAUAACUACACUUUUAGAUGACAUUAUGUAUGGUAAAAACAUGCUGAACUUGUUAAGAUAUAUUAGGAUAUGGAAAUAAGAUUAUGUUUAUUGCAGACCUUUCAGUUCCUUGAAAGGUUACAAAAUUCUAAUUGAAAUGAAAAUUGUUUUGGAGGAGUUACUGUUCUGAGCAUCACAUUGUUGUAUCAGGUUGUAAAAAUAGCAGAACAAGUUGAUACCAUUAUUUCAAUUCUAAUAAUGAUCAAAACUGAGUGCUUGAUUAAAGAUGUAAACAGUUUAUAACAUUUAUGCUCUUUCCUUAAAUUUUUUUUGAGCUUUGUAUGGAUGGGUAUAUAAAAUCUAAUUAGAAAUUACUAUUCUAAAUUGUUAGAGAUGCUGUGCGAUGUUGAAAUCAGUAGGGUGACAGCAUUUCUGAAGAUCAGUUCUUCCCAGGUCUGGGAAAGCAGGUUGAUUUUUGAAAUGGUGGAAAGAAAAGGACAUUCACAGAAGGACAUUCCUACUUCCCCUUUUUGGGGACGCAGGCAUGAGAGAUGAGAGGCGGGAGAGCCUUCAAAGUACAGUUCUGCCACUUACACUUUGGUAGGGGGAACUUUGUGUGUGCUGUUUUUUUAGAAAUGACUGCAAAUCCCUCCCGUGGGUAGGGUGUAUAUUGCCGGAGUUCACCUGCCGUAAGUCGCGCUGCUGCAGCGCCUGCUGUUCUGGCGGGCGCACGCCUGUCGUAGGAGCGGGCGCUGGCGGAGGGGCGCUGGCAGCGGCGAGAGCUCCCUGUUAGAUGUUCUGCAGCAACUAUUUGUUUUGUGCCUGCUGAUUUUGACUAACUGAUGUUCACUGCUGCAGCGGUAGAAGGGGAGUAAAGGCCUGGCCCGGUAUCCUUUUGGCAGGACACCAAUCUGAAAGGUGCUGCAAAAUUUUAAGCCAAACUAAAUCUUCCUUUGGACCGCAGACUCUGCUGUCUCUAGGCUGUGGUGUGGGACCCCAGGCUUCCCGAGCUGCUGGUUUUUCAGCUCCUCUCCCUCCCCGCAAAGCCCGGUUCACGCACACACCCUCAGUUCUACCUAAGCCCUGCUUGAGUGCCGUUUUACCUUUUUGGUGACAGCAUGAUGUUUAGAGUUUCAGAGGGUGUUCAGAAACUUAAAUUUAAGAUGGCUAUAAAAAGCAGCCUGAUUUCCUACUGAACAGAAGUAAAAUAACAGUAAUAAUUUGAUAGGAAUUUUAAUUACCAGUUCAUUGGCCUCUAGAUGAUAGUACUGUGCAGAAUGCAUUGAAAUGAUGAAAAUCUCACAGCUCGGGAGGGAGUUACUGCGAAGAAGUUCAAACCCACCAGGGAAGCUCUCACCUAUUAACCUGGUGUAGACAAAACUCUCUGGUCCUAUAGUUGUAUAGAAGCUCUCAGAAGUUUGAAAACAUACUCAGGUUGCCAUAGAGUAACUAUAAUAGUCCCAAGACUUUAUUUCAGAGCCGCUGAUGUUUUUAUUGUCUGAAAGAAGGCUCUUACAAAGCAUUACCCAGCUGUCACGCUACCCGAGCUUGAUGGAAAUGACAGUUAUUGAGGAGUACCCUUUUACACACUUGAGCAGAGUUCAUUUGUGGCACUACAGGGAGUAGCAGAGGUGCUUAACUUACAGUGCUGCUUUGAAGUGGAAGUCACAAUUCAAUUUUAAGUAUAUUUUAUUGUGCUAUAUAUAGAUCUUUGCUUCUGCUAAUAUCACUGUGCUGCUGCAAUGUCACAGAAGGAUCUCAAGGGGGCGGCGGAAGAAUUUUUUUCUGGCGGAAAGGGCAACGCAAAACCUGCAAACCUCUGCAAAACCGUUCUUGAUGUGUCCUGAUACUAGUAGUGGAAGAGUAUGGGGGGAAACGUGGGGCAUAUUGUUACUCAGGGGUUUCCUGACCUCAUGGUGCUGGUCCUUGGAGUCGUCCCCAGCUGGAGGUCCGCUUUGGGUUGGCCAGUCUGGAGAAGCUCCGUGAGCGCUACCGGUUGUUGGUUGAAAGGGGCUAAAUGUGCCUGAGCCUGUUACUGAAUCAGUUACUCUUGCGGUGUAGUAUUGACAUAUAAUGUAGUUUUAUUUUUGAAUCGAACAAUGUAACUUUGUUAUUUUUUAAACUCUCUUCCACUAGAUGGCCCCAAGCACUAUAUGAGAACUAAAACUUACAUUUUUCUAACAUAAAUUUGUUUUAACUGAAGUUAAAAUUCUACAUUGUGAAAAAUACGUAAAUUCAUGCAAUGUUUUGUCUAUCUAAACCCCCCCCCACACACACACAGACAUACGCCAAAAACCCCACUUUAGACCAACCAAGAGAGUGUUAGCUACUGUAAACUAUAUGUGGUAGUGAAGGUAGUGUUAUAUGUGAUCUUCCGUGUCCCUCUUAUUCCUUGACUGGAAUGUUUUUUAUCGAGUACAGUGCAAUGCUAUUAUUUAGUUUUGCAACAAGAUGCAAAAUGUAGUGUCACAUUAGCAGGUGUUUGGUGCUGGUGGCUCAGAGAGAUUGUGAAUCGCCGUCAGUCUCAGGCUGAAAUCAGUCCCAAACAUCUCCUGGGAGUGAGACUUCUAUUCUGCUGGCCACCUUAAUUGAGUUUUUGUUAUUUGCUUUAUAGGGUUUUGAUAACGAUUUAGCACGUUAUUUACUAGCAUAGACAUGGUCAAUGGGAUAAAAAAAAUAGGUCUAGUUGUUAAAUGUGAACACUGUAAUUUAAUUCACCCAUUUUGGACAUCAAGUAUAAGCUUAUUGUUGAGGUUGUCAUCUUGGUUAAUGGAGAAAGACACCUGCAGAAGGCAGUUCCUCCGAUGAGGAGGAGCAGGGGCUGAAGAGGGGGGCAAUACUCAUCCGCAGAGACAUCCAGAGUUCAACGGGACAGGGCCCCGCGCAGUCGGAGCUUGUUGGACCUGCUCUGAGCGGGAGGUUGAACUCUAAGGCCUCAGAAGGUCCCUUCCAGCCUCAGUUGUUCUGUGUUUUUUUUUUUCUUCCAUUCCGUGAUUCAUAAAGGAAACUUUACUGGUUAUUCUUCUCUAUUGAUGUUUAAGAAAUAAAAUAAAUACAAGGAAAAUUAAUUGGGGUGUGUGUGCUCGCGCGCGCCUUUUUUUUUUAAGCCUACCCCCCGCCAUGGUACAAUAUAAAGGAGCACUGUACUCUAUUAUCAUUUUAUACCAUUGCCCAUAAUCUCUCCCUUUACCAGCGAUAGUGAAUUUUUCUCUUAUUCCUGUUUCUCCUGAUCUUUAUUUUCAUGAGUUGACCGAUGUCCCUUCCUCUGCAUCUGGCUAUGUAUGUUCCUUUUUUUCCUUCCUUUUCCAAUUGUCGGUAUUUGUCCUGCCUGCCACCGUCCUGCUGCUCUCCCCUUUUCUGGCUGUGAGACAAAUAUGACCUAGAAGGAUGGACAUAAAUGGAGUAUUAUCUCGAUAAAGGUGAUGUUGAUGCCAGCAGGCUGCUCUGUAGGCAGAGAGGUAACCUGCCCCAGUUUGCAGCUCUACUGAACCAUGUUGGAGCUCUGCAUUUGCAGUAUUUCCCCUUUCCUGCUUUCUAGUUUCUUCCAAAAUCAAUAGCUUUCAGCUUAUUGAGCAACAUACCACACAGGUUUUGCCAGUUGAGCCAGGUACAGAGAACUUUCUAAAUACAUUUGUUUUUGCAAUAGAAAUACAGGUUAAAAAAAAAAGUAAAAAAAAAUAAUCCUAAUGGGAUUUCUUUUUGAACAGACUUACUCUAACUUUGCAUAGGAAACAGGUUGCGUACCCUUGCAGCUGUUGUUACUAGUAAUACAGGCUGAACUUUCUUGCUUCUGCGACAGGAAAGUAAAUUAAUGGAAGUAAUUCUGUUCUGAGCAUCCCAGUAGUUGAAAACAUGGAUAUAGGACUAAAAAGUUAAUGGUAUAGAUUGGCAUAAACUGUGUUUUAAUGCUAGAUUUUCUGAUUACUGAACAUAUUUAAUAGCAAUAGAGUGGGUUCAAAAAGAUGUUAUACCAAGGAAUCCUUGGUGCAACAGUAACAGAUAGGUGCCAUUUGUUUAUGUAUAGUUUUACAUGCUGUGUAUCAUACAGGACUUUUCACUCAGUGUUGUGUUGUAUUUUGAAAAAAGGGAAAUUACCCAAAGAUGAGGUAAAGCUUUUUAGCUAAUAUCGCAGUACUGUCUCAAUUUACAAACUUUGCACUUUGUGGUUUUUCAGUAAUUGCAGACAGUCAAUGCAGGUGUUAAUGUUUGUUUUCAAGCAGAUAUUGUAGUUUGUGCAUCUGAUGCCGAUAGAAAAAUAAUGUAUGCCUAUUGCUUCAUUUUGUAGCUAGAAUACAGAAAUGAUAUUUUAGGAUAGACAGAAUCAAGUGAUAGAGAAGAUGGCAGAAAUUCAUUGUGUUUCGUAGCCAUAUACACGUUUACAUUGUGGUACAUCUUAAAUUCGUUUUGGAUAAAUGAGUGCAGUGCCUUUGGACAUGUGACAGGGGACAUGACAGCCAUGACUUAGUCCCGUCUGAAAGCUGGACAAACCUGCGGGAGGUUGCAGUGUCAGAUGUCACUAGUAGAUUUGGGAAAGAAACUUUUAGAAGCUGCCCGAGCAGGUCAAGAUGAUGAAGUUCGCAUUUUGAUGGCAAAUGGAGCGCCUUUUACCACAGAUUGGCUGGGAACAUCUCCGCUUCAUCUAGCAGCACAGUAUGGACACUACUCAACAACAGAAGUGUUGCUGCGAGCAGGUGUGAGUCGGGAUGCCAGAACCAAAGUGGACAGAACUCCAUUACAUAUGGCAGCAUCAGAAGGCCAUGCCAGCAUAGUAGAAGUCUUACUUAAGCAUGGUGCUGAUGUCAAUGCGAAGGACAUGCUGAAGAUGACUGCACUUCACUGGGCUACUGAACAUAAUCACCAAGAAGUGGUAGAACUCUUAAUAAAGUAUGGAGCAGAUGUCCAUGCUCAGAGUAAAUUUUGUAAAACCGCAUUAGACAUUGCAAUAGACAAUGGAAAUGAAGAUCUUGCAGAAAUAUUACAGAUUGCCAUGCAGAACCAAAUCAAUACAAAUCCAGAGAGUCCGGACACUGUGACAAUACAUGCAGCGACACCACAGUUUAUCAUCGGACCUGGAGGGGUGGUGAACCUAACAGAUGAGACAGGAGUGUCUGCUGUACAGUUUGGAAAUUCAUCAACGUCAGUAUUAGCCACGUUAGCAGCUUUAGCGGAAGCAUCAGCCCCACUGUCUAAUUCUUCAGAAACACCAGUUGUGGCUACAGAAGAAGUGGUGACUGCAGAAUCGGUGGAUGGUGCUAUUCAGCAAGUUGUCAGUUCCGGAGGUCAGCAAGUUAUCACUAUAGUUACAGAUGGCAUUCAGCUUGGUAACCUCCAUUCGAUUCCAACCAGCGGGAUAGGGCAGCCAAUCAUUGUGACCAUGCCAGAUGGACAGCAAGUAUUAACAGUUCCAGCAACAGACAUUGCUGAAGAAACUGUGAUAAGUGAAGAACCACCAGUCAAGAGACAGUGCAUUGAGAUUGUUGAAAAUCGUGUGGAGUCUGCAGAAAUAGAAGAAAGAGAAACUCUUCAGAAGCAGCUGGAUGAGGCAAACAGAGAAGCACAAAAAUAUCGUCAGCAACUUCUAAAGAAAGAGCAAGAGGCAGAGGCUUAUCGGCAGAAGUUAGAGGCAAUGAACCGCCUCCAGACUAAUAAAGAAGCUGUUUAAUAAAAAAAAAAAAAAAAAAAAAGAACAUACUGCAAAGCCUGUUACUUUAAGUCAAAAACCUGCAGUACAAUCUUGAACUGUACACUAUAUAGGUACAGACACAGGAUUACGUGAUAGAGAAGAGGCUACAAGUUGAUAACUGGACUUAAGCCAUGAGCUCUGAUGAAUUUCUUGUAACAUAAAAACUCUGAAUUUAGAAAUUGUGAAAAGUAUUUAAAAUGAAAUACUGUAAAUAGUUGUUUUUUUUACAGUUUCAAAAUGAGUUGAUAAAUCUUUUUGAAGGGAUCCAGAAACACAAGAAGCCAAUGUUUUUGUGAAAUUUUUGAUUUUAGUAUGAAUCUAAUUUCUGAAAAACAGAACAGUUUUAAGGGUGAUGUUGCUGAUUUAAGCUGACAACUUGAAAAUGAAUUAUGUGACAAAAUGAAUUAACAGUUAUUUCUACAAGGUAACAACUUAAACUUCUCUGAAUAAGACAUUUCCAGGUGGAAAUCUUUGUAAAGCUUUAAGUAGUUGUCUCAGAUUCUCUGAAAAACAUUUUUUCUUUUUUUUUCUUUUUUUAGGCAGUGAAAUUUUUAUAUUUAAUUUCAAAUAUAUCCAAGUAGAUUUACAUGUAUAUGAAGCUAAUAUUUUUUAAACUUUUCAGUUUGUACAUAUGCUGCAUGUUUUUAUAAUUUCUACACAUACAUCUUGCAUAGGUAUUUUUCAGUAAAGAUGAGAAAAAUUAUGAGAAAAAUGUUUAGCCUAUAGGUCAUUUGAAGUAAGCUAGCAGCCAGUUUUAUCGUGAAUGGUAUAUUUCUUGGAAGAAUGUAAUUUGUAAUAAAAUAUUAAAAAAAUCUUAAUUUACAUAAUAUAGACAAUUUAAAAUUUGGCAGCGGAGGCAUUGAAACUUCACAAACUUUGCGUGUCUUACAGUUUUCAUGUACAAAUAUUUUAAAGUUCAGUAAUGAAUAUAAAAGAAUGUCUCCACUGGAACACGAAUAGUAGUUCUUUUAGAAUAUUCCUAUUGAUCUGUUUUCCCCAAUAGUCUUGAAAUUAUUUCGGUGAUACAUUUUUCUAAACAGACUUUUGCAUUUAAAUUAUGCAAUUGGACAAGUAAUUUUUUAUGUUGUAGUGAUGCUCUUCUUACCUAGCAUCAUCGUUCUUCACUGUGAUACUGUGUUUGUGUGCGUCUGUGCAGUGAUCUGUUAUGCUUAGGAUUUAUAUAGCACGUUACAUCUUCAGAGCAUUGUAAAAUCUUUUAAAGAACAAACCAUUGCUAUGCUGCCUGAGGCAGGUAAGUGAGUGUUAUUGUCUCAAUUUUAUAACUGGUGUAAGCGCAACACAGGGAGUGUUAAAUGAUUGGCCCGAGACCACAUGGAUCUGUGGUGCACCUGGGAAUAGAUCUCAGGAGUUCCUGGCUUCUAGUCCUGUGCUUAGACUAAGCUGCCUUAAGAUUGUUCAGUGCUGUGUUACAUUGAAUUUUGAACUACUGUGCAGAUUCCUUUUUGUAAGAUAAAACUUUGUGCUUUGCUUUGUUGUUCCAUGUUUCACUGCUUUUAUGAAAUUGUUUAUAUAAACUUAAGCAAAAAGUCUAGUUUACCUAUACUGUAUACAAAAGAAUUACCCUUAAAACUGUACUCUGGCCUACUUUUUCUAUUUUACAAUUAAAUAUCUUUUCCACAUA